UGCCGUCCUGUGGUCCCACCAAUGUGUCAGCCUUUGCCACGACUUCCAGCAGCAUUCUGGUCCGCUGGGGGGAGGUCCCUCAGACUGACCGCAACGGACUCAUCCUGGGAUACAAGGUGGUGUAUAAGGACAGGGGUUCAGACUCUGUCCCUCAGUACUGGGAGGUGGAGGGGAACACCAGCCACAGUGUUCAGUUGAGUGGUCUGGGGAAGUACGUGUUGUAUGAGAUCCAGGUCCUGGCCUUCACACGGAUAGGAGACGGCAGGAGCAGCAGGCCGUCCAUCCUGGAGAGGACCCUGGACGAUGUCCCCGGUCCUCCAGUGGGCAUCCUGUUCCCAGAGGUGAGGACCGGCUCAGUCAGGCUCAUCUGGCAGCCUCCUGCACAGCCUAACGGCAUCAUUCUGGCCUAUCAGAUCACACACAGACGGAACACCUCCAAUAGCAACGCUGCCACUGUGGACGUGCUGAGCCCCAGUGCCCGACAGUAUACAGCAUCUGGACUGAAACCAGAGUCCGUCUAUGUGUUCCGCCUCACCGCUCAGACGCGCAAGGGCUGGGGAGAAGCUGCAGAGGCCCUGGUGGUCACGACAGAGAAGAGAGCGCGGCCUCAGCCAGCCAGCCGUCCCACAGUGCCCCAGGAGGACGUGCAGGCACGCAGCGUGAUGUUGUCAUGGGAACCAGGUAGCGACGGCCUGUCACCUGUCCGAUACUACACGGUGCAGUACAGAGAGCUACCAGACAGUAACUGGACUGUCCACUCUGCAUCGGUCAACCACGAGGCCAGCUCCUACAUAGUGGACAGCCUCAAGCCGUUCACCUCCUACCAGUUCAGAGUGAAAGCCACCAACGACAUCGGGGACAGUGAGUACAGCCAGGAGAGUGAGGCUGUCACCACACUGCAGGACGCCCCAGACAAAGCUCCCACAAUCCUCUCUGUUACACCCCACACCACCACGUCGGUGCUGGUCCGAUGGGAGCCGCCUGCUGAGAAGCAGAUAAACGGGGUCCUGCUGGGGUUCAGGGUACGAUACCGGGAGUUACAAUACGACCGCCUCCGUAGCUUCACCAUACGAACCAUCAACAGCCCCGCCUCCAACUGGGCCGAGCUCACCGCCCCCUACAGUGUGAGGAACCUGAGCGAGUCCUCGCUCACCCAGUACGAGCUUGAUAACUUGAGUAAACACAAGCGUUAUGAGAUCCGCCUAAGUGUGUACAACGCCGUGGGAGAGGGGCCUACCAGCACGCCACAGGAAGUGUUUGUAGGAGAGGCAGUUCCAACAGCCCCGCCCCAAUCUGUGACCAUCCAAUCAUCAACAGCCACCCAGCUGGAUGUCACAUGGAGCCCGCCUCCUCUUGACUCUCAGAAUGGAGACAUACAGGGGUACAAGAUCUACUUCUGGGAGUUCCAGCUGCAGAAUGAGACAGAGAGACUGCGUACCAUGUUCCUCCCAGAGCUAGGGGUCAAGAUUAAGAACCUGACUGGCUAUACCACAUACAUGAUCAGUGUAGCAGCCUUCAACGCAGCAGGGGACGGACCCCGGAGUCCCCCGACCAGGGGCCGAACACAACAGGCUGCCCCCAGCAGACCCAGCUUCCUCCACUUCAGUGAGCUGACCACCACGUCAGUCAACAUGUCGUGGGGAGAACCAGGCCAGGCCAACGGCAUCAUUGAGGGCUACCGCCUGGUCUACGAGCCCUGCACACCUGUUGAUGGUGUUAGUAAGAUAGUCACAGUGGACGUGAAGGGCAGCACCCCCCUGUGGAUGAAGAUUAAGGACCUGGCUGAUGGGGUGACCUAUAACUUCAGGAUCCGGGCCAAGACCCUCACCUACGGGCCGGAGGUGGAGGCUAACAUCACUACUGGACCAGGAGAAGGAGCCCCAGGCCCUCCAGGUGAACCCUUUAUCUCCCGGUACGGCACGGCCCUCACCCUACACUGGACCAGUGGAGACCCAGGCCGAGCUCCCAUUACACGCUACGUCAUUGAGGCCAGGCCCUCUGAUGAAGGACUGUGGGAUAUCCUCAUCAAAGACAUUCCAAAGGAAGUGACAUCAUACACACUGAACCUGGACAUGCUGAGAGAAGGGGUUACUUAUGACUUCCGGGUCAUUGGGGUCAACGACUACGGCUAUGGCUCCCCCAGUGCUCCUUCACCCUCUAUCUCUGCCCAGAAAGUGUCUCCCUUCUAUGAAGAGUGGUGGUUCCUGGUGGUCAUCGCUCUGGUGGGCCUAAUCUUCAUCCUCCUCCUCGUCUUCAUCCUCAUCAUCAGGGGCCAGAGUAAGAAGUACACCAAGAAGGCUGACUCAGGGAGCCACAGUAACAGCACCUCCCUGCCCCUGUCCCAUGGGGAGAUGGUCAGGCUGGACGAGGGCCGUUUCCCCGCCCUGGAACUCAACAACAGACGCCUGUCAGUCAAGAACUCCUUCUGCCGCAAGAACGGCAUCUACACACGGUCUCCCCCGAGGCCCAGUCCAGGCAGUCUACACUACUCUGAUGAAGAUGUCAGUACCAAGUAUAACGAUCUGAUCCCUGCAGAGAACAGCAGCCUGACUGAGAAGCACUCUGAGAUAUCAGACUCACAGGGUAGCGACAGCGAGUACGAGGUGGAUCAGAACCGGGGCGGGCAACAGAAGACACACUCCUUCGUCAACCACUACAUCAGUGACCCCACCUACUAUAACUCCUGGCGCCGCCAGCAGAAGGGCGUCUCUCGCCCCCCGGCCUACGGAUAUACACAGCCAGAGCCACUGCACCCCCAACCCCUGGCUGAGCAAGAUCCCAUCCAGCCCACCACCAACACCACCCCGAGACACCCUCCACCCCUGCCCCCACUACCCCCCCUGCUGCCCCGGGCCCUCUCUCCAUCCCCCCAGCCCCAGGGCCUCCAGGGGCUCCGUAGCCAAGGGGGUCUCAUCCAGGGUCUGGCACCCCAGGGUCAGGGCACACUAUUCAGGCCAAAGGGCAGCCGGACUCCCACUCCCUCGCUGCUGUCCUGUUCUGUGUCUGAACCCCCCAGCCAGCACGGGACCCUCCUGUACAGCAGUAGGCCUCCAAGCAGCCUGGGCUGUUCCUCCACGCAGCAGCCUCCUACCGCGGGCUUCUCCUCUUUCGUUUGAACCACGUUUAACACACUGCUCCCAGUAGGAACAUACAGUGGGGCAAAAAGUAUUUAGUCAGCCACCAAUUGU